AUGCCACAGUCUUCAAUGGCAGACCUGAAAGGCUCCCACCGUCCAACCAUUUUUUAUAGGCCUAUUCUGCCUUCAGAUUUAGAGGUUCUUGAGAAAAUCCAUGGUGACUUAUUUCCUGUUAGGUAUGAGUCUGAGUUCUUUCACAGUGUUGUUAAUGGCUGUGAUAUUGUGUCUUGGGGAGCUGUUGACCGCAGUCGGCCCAGCGAUCAGAGUGAUGAACUUAUUGGAUUUGUCACCGCAAGGAUUGUCCUGGCAGAAGAAAGUGAGCCUUUUGGUCUGCAGAGAGCUUGUCACACUUGGGGUGACUUACAUGAGGAGUGGAUUUAA